CCUUUCUCUCUCCCGCCCCCAGUUUAGGGCAAUGUUUUUGUUAAAGCAACACCUACCUCCUCCUCCUCCUCCCUCUUCUUCGGUGAUCACUUGUAGCCAAGUAAGAUUGUCUUCCAUAAACAUAGUUUUAACAGUGAGUCCAUAAGACACUGUGGAGGCCAAUUCUGGAUCCACAUCCUUCCACAGCUGGGGCAUAGGUUUCUGAGCGGGAGUUGAUCACUGAGAAAUGCUCUUAGUGCAUUUCUCCCUUUCAUCCUGAGUUCGAGUGUCUUCAAAACCCAUGACAUCUUUGGUAAAGGCUGUUCUCCAACUGGAGCGCUCGCAGGCCUGUGUUUCCCAGUUGUCGGUGUUUAUAUUACAUUUUUUUUAGAUUUGCCUUGAGAAAGUCUUUGAUCCUCUUUUGUUGACCACCAGCAUUACACUUUCCAUUUUUAAGUUCAGAAUAGAAUAGUUGAUUUGGGAGACUAUAAUCAGGUAGGUUAGGACACGCUGCCGAAACAAUAGAAAGUUGAACAGCGAUGUCCCCUUAUCUGGCAUCAUUCUCCUGCUGUACAGAGGAGAAGACCUUGAGGGGCCUGGGAAGGAAAUCCUAUGCUGAUGAGAGUGAAGGUGCUUUCAUGCUACUUGAGAGCCUGUUGGAGGCAGCAUCUGUCUCUCCUCUCUGUUGGAAACAGGAUUUUUGGCUUGAUUUGGCAGCAGGGCCCUUCUUAUCUGUUCUAGUAAGUGAGAACAGCCAUAGCUCUUAAUUUCCCCCAAGGAUUAGAUCAAAGACCUGAGAAUAAGAUAACCUGAACAUGUGGCUCUGAUUUUCCGUCCUUGGACUUGAAAGAAGAAAGACUACUGGGUGGGGGCAGAGUCUAUGGCCCAGUCAUGAUUAUUUAUCAAGGGAUGGGAUAACUGAAGGUCCAAAGCGAUUUUGAAGGGGCCACUCUGAGCCUUCCCCGACGCAACUUGCCAGUGGACAAGUCAUCAAAGCAAGCCAGGCUGUCCUGGGAUAUAAAGUGUUCUGAAACAGGGCGUAUAAGUUUUCAAAAGAUCUUUAGCCUUGGAAGGCAGAGAGUCACUCCUGUCACGGGGACCUCUGAGCACCUGGAAGGUAUGUUCAACCUUUGCUUUGGGGAUGGGCUCAGAAAUAAAGCCAAAGGACCCAGGUUCAAUCCCUGGUGUCCUCCUGUUUGAAAUGCUGGAGUGCUGUUGUCAGCUGCUGCAGACCAGGGAUAACCAAUAUGGUGUCUUCUAAAUGUUGCUGGAAUACAACCCACAUCUUCCCUGUUGCCCAUGGCGGCAGGGGCCAGUUGGAGUUGGAGUCCAACAAGGUCUGGAGCGCAGCAUGUCUGGUGUAGACAGUACUAAGCUAUGCAGGCCAAUUGUAGAAGGCUGUUUCAGUGUUCAUCAUUCUAUGUUCUCAGAAGCUCAGGGAGGGAUGGCUGGGGAAGGGCUUUGUCUGUGGCAGUUGUGGAACCCCUUCCCCCUACCCCCAGCGGUACACCUGGCACGUUCAUUAUCCUGAUUUGACAAAUGCUGAAGACACAGCUCUUUACUCUGGCACUGGACAUUUGAGGUGUAUAUUUUUAGCACUCACAUUAUUUCUGUAAGUUGUUUUAUACUGUUUUUAACACUGUGUUUUAAUUGUUGUUACCCGCCCUGGGACCUUAAAGGGUAGAUAAUGAUGGUGAUGAUAGUUUAUAAAUAUGUACAAUGAGAUAAUAUGUAUUUAAAUACCAAAAGAAAAAAGUUGCAGGGUUUUUUCCCCCUUAAUCCACAGAUUGUUCUGACCAUUUUCUGCGGCAGAUUUGUGGAUGAACUAAAUGCAGAACUGAUAUGCAAUAGACCAGACAUAGGUUGAUUCCGCCAUCCCUUCUCAUAACCCUGUAUGCAGUGCAGGAAGCCACAGAAAUAGCCAAAGGGAAAAGUGCUUUUUGAGGUUUCAGUAUUAAAGAUGAUAAAAAGAAAGAAGGUUGUCAGAGUAUGAGUCACAGCAAAAUCUAAAGGAUGGGCACGGUCUGAGUCCCUGUCCUAGAGCUUACUUAGCAUAAUGAGUAAUCUGAACCCUUCUGCCAUGGCUGCUGAGCUAAGCUUCAUCUGUGGCAUCCCAGACUCCCAACUGUUGUUAAGGUAUAUUGUUCAUUUUAUGAUCAUUUUUUUAAAAAAAAAUAAUCCAAAUGCUUUGUGAUGUGUUGCAGAGGUUUUUGUAAAGCAUGAGGCUGAGUGAGGCGCUGACUCAGCCCUUCCAGGCUCCUGCCAGCAUCCGAAAGUUCUCAAGCAGCCAAGUUUACCUGUUCAGAAGCAGGCCGUCAGAUUCGGAUGACUCCUCGUCAGAGGAGGAACUUGACGUCGUGGAAUUGCGAGCGAGGGGGAAGGAGCAACGGAGGUGCAACGCUGCCGCAGAGAAAGUUGGGGAUGUGGUUCUGCUGGAGCGCCAAGUUAGCAAAGAUGACAAUCUGAACAAAUUGGCACUGCAGUAUGGAUGCAAAGUAAGAAGCAGCUUCCUUGGAAGCGAUUGAUGACGUCCCUGGUGGGGUUUUUGUUUCGUUUUUACAUUUCUGGCUCAGAGUCUUGCAGGGCUAAGGAAGAGCACUCUCUUCUGUUCCAUGGACAGGCAAGAUGGGGGAAGGCAUCUCCUACCCAAGGGCAGCCUUUGACAACCAAGUCAAGCUGGGAGUUUCCAGGCUUGCAUGCCAAUCAUUUUGUUGUUUGGGUGGCAGAGGAGUAACAACUGUUUAGCUGUUGUAACUCACCUGGUAAAAAUAGCUGGGUGAAACGUCUUUGAAGUUGGAACAAGAGUGUCAGCUGGAAAAAAAGGUAGCCAGUUAUGGAUUGCUGAAUUUUGUGUACUUGGGGAAAGAGUAGCUCAGUGGCAGAGCACCUGAUUUUCAUAUAGAAAGCCUCAGGUUCAGUCUCCAGCAUUUCCAGGUAGGCUUGUGGAGCUGUAACCAGGCAGUGUGGCCAUUUCCAAGCUAGAUGGACCAAUGGUCUGACUAGGCAGACAACAGCUUCCUAUGUACUUGGGUUUGCAGGAGAGGAUGUUUGCUCCCUGUCCCAUCAGCAGCAUAGGAUGCUGCCUUUUAGCGAAUCUGACCAUUUGCCCAGCCUCAAGGAACUCAAGGCUACAUCCCUCAGAAACUGCUCAGCUCCCAACAUCUCUGUCCAUUGGCCAUUCUUGCAGGGGCUGAUGGGAGUUGUAGUUCCCCACACCUGUUCUAAAUGGAAAUCAUUAUCCCAGAUGGUCACUGCAUUGGAUCUGAACUGAUUUUGUGUGUGUACGGCUGUUGUCUUAAACUGCUUCUUCUAUGUAUGUGUUUUAAAAAUUGUUUCUAUAUAUGCAGUUGUUUUUAUAUAUGAAACUCUUUCAAAUAUGCCAGUGUGGGCCAAACUUGGGUCUCCAGCUGGUUUUGGACUACAACUCCCAUCAUCCCUAGCUAACAGGACCAGUGGUCAGGGAUUACGGGAACUGUAGUCCCAAAACAUCUGGAGGGCCAAGUUUGGCCAACACUGAUAUAUGCAUUUACUAUAUUACUGCACAUUGCUUUGGGAUGUCCCCUUAGAAGCGAUUCAUGAAGUAAAUGUUUGCAUUAGAAGGAGCUGUUUAUAUACAAUGAAAAAAGAGCUCAAUAACUGACUUCGCACCCCAUCUCCCCUUUCUGAAUUCUCUUAGGUUGCAGAUAUCAAGCGGGUCAACAACUUCAUCCAGGAGCAAGACUUGUAUGCGCUAAAAUCAAUCAGGAUUCCAGUCAAGGUCAACGGCAUGUUAACAGAGACCCAGGAAGGGUUGUUGCCUGCCCAGAGAGCUGGUCUGUUGUUGCCUGCUGAACCGUCAGGGUCCAAAGAGGGAAAUGGCAGCUCCGAAGACACCAAGCAAAUCGAUCAGUAUUUCAGAGGGAUCGACCAGGACAUUGAGAAAGCAACUCUGCUGGGUGUCUCCCCAAGCACAGACUAUUGCAUUGAAACACCAAACUGGUCACCUUCAGGGAGGAAGGAAAUCGGUACUGGAGCAGACUGUGGGAUCCAGUGGUGGAAUGCAGUUUUCAUUAUGCUCCUCGUAGGAAUAAUUUUGCCAGUGUUUUAUAUUGUCUAUUUUAAAACCCAGCAGCUCGAAGUGACUACUACCUCCAACACAACUCUUCCUGUGAACAACACUGACGGGUCAGUGAGGGGGACACCCGCCCUCCGUGUGCUUAAAGAAACUCUGCCCACUAUCCAAACCCACAGAGGAGGAGACUUCCUUCCGUCAGGGGGAUGACUCUGUCUGUUACCCUACCCCACCCCUCAAAAAUUGGAGAAAAGUCUCUUUGCUUUGAAAUAAUGUUCUGGGAUGAGCCAACAACAGAUCAGUUGCUUCUUAAGUUGAUAGGAGCUCAACUUGGAAAUGAGAUCAAGGAAGACCAGGACAGAGCAAGACAUGGACAGUGGCUGGUCAGUCACAAAGGGAAUGGUGGGAUGGCUCACUUUUAAACAGCAAAAGGGGGUGCAAGUGAGGGUGAAGAACCUGAACUCUCUUGUAGGUUGUGUGCUCCCCAGUACCAGACUUCAGCCAGAUAUCAGAAGCAGACUCAGCUGGGGGAAGGGCACUCCUCCCCUGUGCACCCUUUUUGCUAUAAAAAUUUUGGCCACAUUUGCACCUUACAUUCUACAGUCGGGGCUUCCCCCAAGGCAUCCUGGGAGCUGUAGUUUGUUAAGGGUGCUGAGUUGUUAGACCACCAUGAUUCACUUCAUAGAGCUACAAUGCUGAGAGUUCGCUGGGAAGAGCCAUUGAUUGUGAAGCCAGCCUGAGAAUGGUAGCUCUGUGAGGGGAAUUGCAGGUGGUGUCUCUUAACAACUCUCAUCAUCCUUGACAAAAUUACAGCUCCCAGGUUGCUUUGGAGGCUUCUUAAAGUGGUAUGACAGCCACUUUAAGGUGGAGAUGUGAUCAUAUCCCCCCUUGUGUUAUUGGGGGCAAAUCUCAUUUUAUGCUUGCUGCCUCUUUCAAGACUCUGAGGUUUGGUCUUUCUGAGGAAACAGGCCUAGCCUAUCACCUGGGCUAUAUAAAUAUAUAUUUAAAUUAACUGCCAGUUUAUUAAAAGUCAUCUUGUCUUAAAUGGCAGGAGCAGCUCCAGUCUUCCUUUGCAUACAAUAAAGCUUUCUUUGCAUAUACACUUCUGCUAAAAAAGGAGAGAAGAACCUAGUCAUCAUCUCAAGCUUGGUUUAAAGGUAAAGGUAAAGGGACGCCUGACCAUUAGGUCCAGUCGUGACCGACUCUGGGGUUGCGGCGCUCAUCUCGCC